AUGAUUCGUUGUUUAGCGAAUAUGUGGAUCGCCGGAGCGCGAUCGAUCUACGACGGAGUGAUGAAGUUGUUCACGCAGAUUUCGAUUGAAUCCAGUAAUCGCGUCUACUCACAGGAGCCGGUAUCUGUGGGAGAACAUCGAUAUGCGCAUGUCUCAUUGAGUGUUGACACAGCUCUGGGUCGAAUGGCUGACGGUGUAGCUGAAGGAGAAGAUCAGUUAGCGUUACUUGUACGACUACUAGAACUGUUCGUUCAGCUCGGUAUUGAAGGCAGGCGUGUUGGAGAGAAGGUUUCCAAGAGCACAGUUAAGCUAACAAUAGUGGCGUUAUCCACUUCGUCAAAUUCGUAUAAGAUGUCUACCAGUGCUGGAAAUCUUGGUGUACUUAUGCCGAAGAUAGCGACUCUUCUGAAGCGAAUGAGUCCGAUUUCUCAGCCGUCGACGAAGCUUAGGAACUUGUUCAGGUGCUGUUUCUUUUCACCCUCUAGACUAUGGCCAGAAGACUGGUAUAAUGCGGUAUGUGUAAUUGCUACCAAAUCGCCAGUUCUCAUCGCUCAAGAAAAUCUUCGAUCGGAACUGAUCGACAAUGCAGCGAUCAAAGGCGAUACAAUUUCUCCGAAUGAAUUACAAGAGUUCCGCAAUACCGUGUGUGGAGUG